AUGUAUCUUCGAUUUUGUUUCUUCACCCUGCUAAUUGCUGUCAUGAUGUGUAGUUGGUCGCAAGCCAUGGAUCGUGAUGAGCUUGGGAUGAAACUUUGUGGUAGAGAGUUCAUCCGAACUGUUGUGAUGUCCUGUGGGGGUUCCAGAUGGAAGCGAUAUACUCCAGAGCCUGGACAGGAAAGAGUUAACCCAUACCGUGAUAUACUUGACUGGCUGAAUAACAGAGAUUUCAUAGAUGAUCCUGAGCGCCUGAACUCAGUUUACGUUGAAGGAGCACACAAUCCUUCCUCUCCUGGUCUGCAUCAUAGUGAUCCCACCAUGGAGCAGCUACGAGGAUCCCUGUAUGACCCGCUAGUUGGAGAAGAACAGGAAGAUGUCAACCUACGGAUAAGGAGAAGCACGGGGCCUGCUGGAUCCUGCUGUCAGCGUGGUUGCACCAAGACUGAAAUAAUGAAGUUCUGUUAGAGUUACUGCUGUGCUACUUUGCAUUAUAA